UUUAUUAAACCUCAGUCGAAAUAUCGAAUAAGUCUCGGAAGAUAAUUCUUCUCUUGAUAUCUCCGCCCAUCGUAGGUCGAUCAGGGAUAAAUGUGGCAUUUGAAAUAUCAACACGGCUAAGGUGUCCCACACGAGGAAGAUGGCGAAAGGGACGAGGGUGACGAAACUGAUCCGAAUACAAGUUAAAUGUGGAGAUUCUGCACUUUGUUCUACAAAGACGUCCGAUUCUGCUAUGGCGUCGCGAAACCGACUGAGUAUGGUGUCCUGUUAUGCAGAACUAUUAAAAAUUUAUUAAAAUCAAAUCAAUAUCAAAAAAUCUGGAUAAGAAAGCUUGCCUUCUUGUCCUUCUUUUUAGCUCUACGAUGUUUCCGUUUUGUAGUAUAAUCCGACCCACCACUUGAGCCCCCACUUGAACCACCGCUACUUCCACUCGCAACGCUACCGGUUUGGUGUGUGUGCUGUCGAUACCAUACAAAAAUUAAUUAAUUAAUUAAUUAAUCCAUCAUUAUUUAUGAUAUUGUUAUUAUUUUGAGUACAUGAUGCGUAAACUUUGUUCUUGACCCCUUGCGCCCAUGACCUCCUUCCCCACCGAGUGGAACUGUGAGCACAUUUUUGACAGUGGGAUUGCUAUGAUUGCUUCCCUUACUUCCGGAAGUACUUCUCCGCUCUACAAUUCCUCCGAUGGAGGAUCGGUGGAUGGCAAUCGAUUUUCGAUGAUAUUUUUUUAGCGUGCUCAAGAAGUGGUCUAUGUUGACGUUGGGGCUGUGGGUGCCGUCGGGUUUGCCCAUGUCGCAAGUUUUAUUAUGCCGGCCAUUACAAUUCGCUCAUUUAAUUUACAUCAACUCUGGCCGGAAUCAUGAAAAUGAAACUAAAUUGUGAUGUAGUCAUGGUGUGACGUAAAAUUCUGCAUGCGAUUCUUAAUUUUUUGGUGAGUCCGGCACCACGAUUGCUUAGGUAACGCUUGUCCCGUGAUAAAGUGCCAUAUCAGCAGCUGGAGCAAAAUAAAUCUGAAAACCAAUAAGACGAACUUAUCUUAUAUCUUACCAGCAAUGUUUCCCCAAAAGAACGUUUGCAGAGUUUUCAGGAACAAGUUUCGCCAUCCCAGAGCCAGAUCAUUGUUUCUCGUGAUCAUCAUUGUUUCAACUUUCAUAAUUCUCAUAUCGCAAAAUAAACUUCCAUCAGAUCUUGACCGAUUUCAACAGAGUGAUCACUUUGCAACCACAAAGGAUGGCCUGAUUUUACCGAGCUUGCCGUUGUCCAAGUUAUCCGACAAGAUUAUCCCAACAGCGACACAAUUAGGCGAUGAACUAGAGGAUUGUUUUAUCCGUUUUGAAAAAAGGAUAAUGCGACCGCACAUUACGGAUUUAGAAUUUCACAAUAAACUUUGGCAGGUCACACGCCUAACGGAAAAUAACCGGAUUUACUUGAACGGCGCCUACAUCGAUACCCGAUUAGAUGGCGAACCCCUCGUACGAAUCUUGUUUCUCACUGACGACAUCAUAACACCACCAAGUUUGGUGAACGACUUCUUUUGUCGAUUUUGGAUAAACAUUGGAAAUAAAAGCUACGCAAGUUUAGCUCCGAGUGAAGAAUUCACCUAUCUUUGGAACACGAAUUGGGGAAAGUGGGGUGCAAUUCAACCAUACCUUUUAACCUGUAAAAUUCCUCCCUUACCAAAGCACGCCGAGUCGUAUUGGGAGUCGGUGUCGCUUUUGACUGGAAAAUGCUCCAUGGCACGAAAUGACUUAAGAUUGACUUAUCAACUUCCUCCAGAGGAUCGAAAAACUUUUGGACUUUGUGUCAAAGGGCUGAAUUUUCCGAGUAAAGAUAUCUCCCGAAAAUUGGUGCAGUGGGUGGAAAUGUUGAGAAUUUUAGGGGUUGAUGGAAUUCAUUUUCAUGUUUUUCAAGUUGAUCCUGCUACAGAAAAGGUUCUCAAUCACUAUCAAGCUAAUGGACUGGCAACUGUACGACCAGUAACGAUAGCUGGAGAAAUGGACUCUAAUUCAACAACAGAAUAUUUAGAGAAAAAUAUUGCACAAGCUUGGAAGCAAGAAUUGAUUGCAUACAAUGAGUGUUUUUUAUCAAACAUGUACAAAUAUCGAUACAUUGCCCUCCUUGAUGUGGACGAGAUAAUUCUUCCAAAGUUGUCGGAGGAUUGGUACGGUCUUAUUGAAGACUUGUACGAUGGAGAUGCUCCGUCAUGGGAAAACUCUCCAUCAUUCUGCUUUCAAAUGCGACUUUUCAUUGACAAGAUUGUUGAUGGAUUCCAUGGAGGACAAGAGAUCAGAUUAGUCAAAGAAGAACCAGAAGAUGUUGAUGAAGAUAAUAAUAUUAUUCCAUUUAUGAUGACGAGAAUCAACUGGAUUGUUAAACCGGAAGUAUAUACUGAUCAUAGCUCUAGCUAUUUCAAUUCCAAAUGCAUUCACAGCACUCAAACUGCCCUCGUUGUUAACAAUCAUGCCCCCAAAAUGUGCCUCAGUCCUGUGAAAGGAAUGACUUCGGACAAUUGCAUCUUGCAUGUGGAUCCAGAACUGGGGUACACCCACCACCACAGAGAAUCCUGCUGCGAACAAGCCCACCUCCCACAUCAACAGGAAUUUCUGAGAAAGUUGUUUAAACGUGACAGAACUAUUCUUCGCUAUAUGAAAAAAUUGUCCAAAAAUAGUAACAAAGUGUGGAAUUCUAUUUUUCAAAGUUAAAAGUCGACUCAAUUACAUACAUUUUUUGCACGGUAUUCUGUUACAAGAUUUUUUAUACGUUUUCCAAAAUCUCAAAAGGCCUGCCGAAGUUGGGCAAGUGUAACUUUGGAAAUUAUUUAGAAAAUUUAACCGAUCUUGUCAAUUAUGUAAUCGUGGUGGUUUGCUCGUUAUAAUAAAAGAUAAUUAUCACCUUUUUA